UUCAAUGAAUCGUACAUUCUGCCCCCUUCAGCUGUAAUGCGGAACUCUUCGUUGGCUCACAGAAGGUUUGGGAUGGAAACGAAUGUUGUUGUCAGGAAAGGUUUUCUGAGCCGUCACAUGCGACAUCAGUGAUAAAGAGGAGGGCUACCAGCUGAUGUUAUUACGUGUCACCCUACAUGUAGAAUAUUCUAUUGUAAAAUGAGAAUGUCACUGAUAAUAUCACAAGAGAACAUCUAAUUUCUGCCUACCGCCUCCCUCUCUACCUGCGGGGUCAACGGAGUAGCCUAGACAGUGUUUUCUUGACAAAGAGGAGAGCCAAACAGCUUGCAUCUAGAGGAGGACCCAUUCUUUUCCACUGCACUGCUCAGAGCACCAUGAUCAGGGGCGACCCACCUCCCCCUUGCCACUCAUAGCUUAGCUCAAGAUCCUGAUUGGACCCCGUCUCUGUUGCCCCCAGUUGCCAUGACCUAGAAAGGGUUCCUGCUCAGAAAUGGAGAAAAAGAAGAUGUGCCCCCGCCUGCUGGACUACCUGGUGGUAGUCGGAGUCAGGCAGCCCAGCAGUGACAGCGUGUCUCAGACCCCACAGCUGCUGCGCCGCUACCCGCUGGAGGACCAGCCCGACUUCCCGCUGCCACCCGACGUGGUGUUCUUCUGCCAGCCCGAGGGCUGCCUGAGCAUCCGCCAGCGGCGCGUCAGCCUUCGCGACGACGCCUCCUUUGUCUUCACGCUCACUGACAAGGACUCGGGUGUCACGCGCUACGGCAUCUGUGUCAACUUCUACCGCUCUUUCCAGCGGGGACACCACAAGCCUCGGCCAGAGGGAAGAGGAGACAAGAAUGCCCCGACAACCGAAAUGGGUGUGGAAGCCACGGAAAAAUCCGAGGUCUCCUCCGCCGAAGAGGCGGACUUGGUGCCCCCCGCGGGAGAGGCGGUCCACGCUAAGUCCCCCCAGCCCAAGCGCGGCGUUCGGGCGGCCCCUCGCAACCGCAACAGCACCCUGACUUCGCUGUGCAUCCUCAGCCACUACCCCUUCUUCUCCACCUUCCGGGAAUGUCUCUACAUCCUCAAGCGGAUGGUGGACUGCUGCAGCCAGAGGCUCAACCAGCGUGCCGGCCUGCCCAAGGGCACACAGAGGGACACCAUGUGGCGCAUGUUCACGGGGGCGCUCUCCACGGAGGAGAAGGAGAAAGGCAGCCAGCUGCUGCAGGACCUGCGCGAGAUCGAGUCGUGGGUGUACCGGCUGCUGCGCUCGCCCGUGCCCGUGGCGGGCCAGCGGCGCGUGGACGUGGAGGUGCUGCCGCACGAGAUGCAGCCGGCGCUCACCUUCGCCCUGCCCGACUCCUCACGCUUCUGCAUGGUGGACUUCCCCCUGCACCUGCCGCUGGAGCUGCUGGGCGUGGACGGCUGUCUGCUGGUGCUCAGCUGCAUCCUGCUCGAGCACAAGGUGGUGCUUCAGUCUCGGGACUAUAAUGCCCUGUCCAUGAGCGUGAUGGCGUUUGUGUCUAUGAUCUACCCUCUGGAGUACAUGUUCCCAGUCAUCCCACUGCUGCCCACGUGCAUGGCCUCAGCUGAACAACUUCUUCUUGCACCCACCCCCUACAUCAUUGGCGUUCCGGCCAGCUUCUUCCUGUACAAGGCUGAUUUCAGGAUGCCAGAUGAUGUGUGGCUAGUUGAUCUUGACUGCAACAAGGUCCUCAGACCCACCAAUGCGGAGAUCCUUCCCCCUCUCCCUGAGCCGGAGUCAUCUGAGCUGAAGAAGCAUCUGAAGCAGCUCAUGCAGGCUCUGGCCAGCAUGAGCCUCAACACCCAGCCCAUCCUCAACCUGGAGAAGUUCCAGGAGGGCCAGGAGCUGCCGCUGCUCCCGCCGGGCCGGGACAAGGCCUCGCCGUCCUCCACCGAGUUCAACCCCCUCAUCUACGGCAAUGACGUGGACUCUGUGGAUGUGGCCACCAGGGUUGCCAUGGUGAGGUUCUUCAACUCGCCCAACGUUCUGCAGGGGUUCCAGAUGCACACGCGCACGCUGCGCCUCUUCCCCCGACCCGUGGUUGCCUUCCAGGCCACGUCCUUCCUGGCCUCCCGGCCACGGCGUAGCUGCUUUGCCGACAAACUGUCGCACACGCAGGCCGUGGAGUACUACGGGGAGUGGGCCCUCAACCCCACCAAUCUGGCCUUCCAGAGGAUUCACAACAAUGUGUUUGAUCCCUCUCUGAUUGGGGACAAGCCCAAGUGGUACGCGCACCAGCUGCAGCCGGUGUUCUAUCGCGUGUAUGACGGCUCGUCUCAGCUGGCUGAGGCCUUGAGCGGGCCGUUGGAGGACGAGGCCAACGACUCCGACCCCACCGACGACAGUGGCAGUGACAGUGAAGGCUAUGAUGACUCCAGCUCUUCUUACUCCUCCCUCGGGGACUUUGUGAAUGAGAUGAUCAAAGGGGACAUUUCGGGAGACACUCCAAAUGUGGAUCCACCUUGCCACGCUGCGCUGGGGGACGCCAGUGAGGUGGAGUUCCACGACUUCCAGGAGUACAAGGUGGAGGAGGGCGUUGAGCCGGAGCCCGAGGGGGAGGGUCUGCCAGAGGCAUCAGAGGGCCAGCCGCUGCGCUCCAGCUCCAGCACCACGGCCAGCUCCAGCCCCAGCACCAUCAUCCAGGGGGUCAACCACGAGCAGCCUGACCCUGCAGAGAUUGAGGCAUCUGCGAGUGCUGCCCUCAAGAACGCUGUCCCGGGAUUGGCCAGCCAGCCUUUCGCACGCCCCGCCCCUGACCCCGCCUCCACAGACCCGGCCAAUAAGAAGAAAGACUAUGACAAUCCUUACUUUGAGCCUCAGUAUGGCUUCCCUGUGGAAGAGGAUGCAGACAGCGAGGAACAGGAGGAAAGCUACACUCCCCGCUUCAACCAGAACCUCAACGGCAACAAGCCACAGCGCCCCCUGCGGCCCAGCAGCCUUAAGCUUCCGGGGGAGUCCGACGGCGAGGGAGAUUCCCGCAACAGCUCGCCCAACUCCACCAUCUCCAACAACAGCGGCGAUGGAUUUGGGGGCCUCAUGUCCUUUGCCAGUAACCUGUACAAGAACCACGGCACAAGCUUCAGCCUCUCCAACCUGGCUCUGCCCAACAAGGCUGCUAGGGAGAAGGCCACCCCCUUCCCCAGCCUCAAAGAAUAUUUUAAUUUUGAUCUAGAUGAGGAAGUGGAAGAAGACGAUGAGGAUGAGGAUGAUGAUGAUGAUGAUGAUGGUGAUGGUGAUGAGCCAGAAAGCCCGGUAUUUGGGCUAAAUUCUCUAAUGGAGAUUAUAACAGAGGUCGGCCCGGGGAGCGGAGAAGGGGCUCGUGGUCCCAGAGCUCUGGUGGACCAGAAGUCCUCGGUCAUCAAGCACAGCCCCACUGUAAAGAGGGAGUCUCCCUCCCCGCAGGGAAGAGCCAACAACACUAGCGAGAACCAGCAGUUCCUGAAGGAGGUGGUGCAGAGCGUGCUGGACGGCCAGGGAGUGGGCUGGCUCAACAUGAAGAAGGUGCGCCGCCUGCUGGAGAACGAGCAGCUGCGCGUCUUUGUGCUCAGCAAGCUCAACCGCGCCGUCCAAUCGGAGGAAGACGCCCGGCAGGAGGUCAUCGGGGACGUGGAGAUAAGCAGAAAGGUGUAUAAGGGCAUGCUGGACCUGCUGAAGUGUACGGUCUCCAGUCUGGAGCACUCCUACACCAACGCGGGCCUCGGGGGCAUGGCCAGCGUGUUCAGCCUGCUGGAGAUCGCACGCACCCACUACCAGACCAAAGAGCCCGAGAAGCGAAAGCGCAGCCCCAUGGAGGGCGCCAGCAGCCCGGGCAGCAAGGAGAGCCCGUCGGGCCGCAUGGAGGGCGCCCGGGCUGCCGGCGUGCUGCUGGUGCCCCGGCUCCAGCUCCACCCGCCCUCCGCCACCGGGAAGGGGCCCCACCACUUUGAUACCCGCAGUCUGAACGAGGAGAAUUUUAUUGCCUCAAUCGAAUUGUGGAGCAAGCACCAGGAUAACAGAAAGCAAAAUGCUUUGGAAAAGGAACAGAGGGCUGAGGGGGCCAAGAAAAGUGGCGAGGGUGGCGACACGGAGGAGAAGAGGUCCCAGAUCAGUGCUGACAGCGGCCUGAGCGUGACCUCUGGUUCACAGAAGAGCGAUACCGAGUCUGUGGCCAGCUCUGAACCUCCAGCCCUAACCAGGAGCACCAGUCAGGACUCUGAGGCCAGCACAGUGGUAAGCAACAGCUCAGGGGAGACCCUGGGAGCGGACAGCGACCUGAGCAGCACAGCAGGGGACGGUCUGGGAGCCCGGCCCGCCCCACACCUCAACCUCUCCAGGGGCACUCUCUCCGACAGCGAGAUCGAGACCAACCCUGCCACCAGCGCCGUCUUUGGGAAGACCCAUAAGCUGAAGCCAGGUCCGAAGGAGCCGGCGAGGGUCAUGGCCAAAGGAGGGCCAGCACCUCCUCUGGAGGAUGUCAGCAUGAGGAUCUACCUGUGCGAGGGGCUGCUGGGGCGGGACAAGAGCUCCGUCUGGGACCAACUGGAAGAUGCCGCCAUGGAGACCUUCUCUUUGAGCAAAGAGCGCUCCACUCUGUGGGACCAGGUGCAGUUCUGGGAGGAUGCCUUCCUGGAUGCAGUCAUGCUGGAGAGGGAGGGCAUGGGCAUGGACCAGGGCCCGCAUGAGAUGAUUGACAGGUACCUGUCUCUGGGCGACCAUGACAGAAAGCGCCUGGAGGAUGACGAAGACCGGCUGUUAGCCACGCUACUGCACAACAUGAUUGCCUACAUGCUGAUGAUGAAGGUGACCCAGAAUGAUGUUCGGAAGAAGGUGAGGCGUCUGAUGGGAAAGUCUCACAUUGGCCUGACUUACAGCCAGGAGAUCAAUGACAUUCUAGACCGCCUCAAUAACCUGAAUGGUCGCGAGCUACCCAUCAGGCCGAGCGGCAGCCGCCACAUUAAGAAGCAGACGUUUGUGGUGCAUGCUGGGACAGACACCACAGGGGACAUCUUCUUCAUGGAGGUCUGCGACGACUGCAUCGUGCUGCGCAGCAACAUCGGCACCGUCUACGAGCGCUGGUGGUACGAGAAGCUCAUCAACAUGACCUACUGUCCCAAGACCAAGGUGCUGUGCCUUUGGCGACGCAAUGGCCAAGAGACUCAGCUCAACAAGUUCUACACUAAAAAGUGCCGUGAACUGUACUACUGUGUCAAGGACAGCAUGGAGAGGGCCGCUGCACGUCAGCAGAGCAUCAAACCAGGACCAGAGCUGGGGGGUGAGUUCCCCGUUCAGGACAUGAAGAGCGGCGAGGGCGGGCUGCUGCAGGUCACGCUGGAGGGCAUCAACCUCAAGUUCAUGCACAACCAGGAGCGGAAGGUUUUCAUAGAGCUGAAACACAUUAAAAAGUGCAAUACUGUGAAGGGAGUCUUUGUCCUGGAGGAAUUUGUUCCUGAAACUAAAGAAGUGGUGAUCCACAAGUACAAGACGCCCAUGGCACACCAGAUCUGUUACUCUGUCCUCUGUCUCUUCUCGUACGUGGCGGCGGUGAAGGGGAAGGAGGCGGAGGGCAAACCCAAGCUGCUGUCUCCACGGCCGCUGGCCAGCUAGUCUAAAGUCUCAUUCCAUCCCAUUCCAUCCCACGCAUGCACACACACACGCACACACACACAGAAACACACACACACACACACACACACCUCACCCUUGAGUAUCCUGCUCUCUCCAGCACAAUUUCUCCCCCUCAGUUCCCUUACCUGCUAGACACAGCACACCCCUUCAGCCCACCCCCCGCCGACCAACCCUCAGAAGGACUGCUGCUCAAGCUACUCUCGCCAUUCCGUGUCCGAACGUGCAUCAUUAAAGCCCUCUUUUCAGUGCUGACUGCGUCAAAGCUAGACCAGUGCCCACCCCUAAUCUCCCCUUUUAAUAGCACAACGUCCUGUGGGCAUUAUAUGAAGCCCGUGGAAGCUCACACUACUGCACCCUUCUCUGUGCCAGUUAUGUCUCCAUAACCCCCUGCCCUCCAGGUUUGUUCGUUAAGUGGGCCCUUACACCUUAGGCUCCUCUGGGGUCUUAUCAUAUGAUGUCUUUCUGGAAAAGGGGGUGAUGAGACUGGCUAUGCUAUUUAAAAUCAGGUCUUGUCCCGUUGCUGUCCUCUUGUAUUGGUCAGUGUCUGCGUCCUCCAGUCCCCACACCCCUUGUCAAGUUUCUGUGGCCUAUCAUUGUUUUGUACACAGAGCCGCUACACUUGCAUGCAGGUCCCAUGCAUAGCCCUGAGAAUCGACAAAGGCAUGCCCAGGAGUACAAGCCCUUGCUCAGCUUAAAUCCUCUCCUUGACCUCCCACCCCACCCCCCUCCCAAACACACACCCCAGGAACACCUCCUCCUACCCCUCUCCCAUUUCUAUCCAGAGACUGUGUGAUGAAUAUUCUAUGUGCUAAGUGGUACUGUAAACUUCAAUCUGUCCAGUCUUAAAAGCAGGAUGAAACCUUUAAAGAUGGACUCCAGCUCAAUGGUUAGCCUCGAGUUAGCCCGAGUUAGCCUCAGCCAAGGAAUGACAAGAGAGUCCCUCUUAAAGGUUUCAUCUGUCCAACUCCACCUGCUGUAAAAGUGGUCCAAGCUGUGUGUAAACCUUUAGCAGUGCCCUGUGAGAGCAAAACUACUGUACUAGUUCUACUGUAAACGGUUUCAUGUUUGUGGUCAGCCGUGUUGAAUUGCAUGUUAUGCUAAAAAAAAAGAAAAAGAAGAAGUAAAAUUUCAAGAAAAAAUGCUGUAUAUUUCACUUGAGCAAUGUUUUAAAAGAAACGAUAAAACUAAUGUUACAAAAAUUGUGGUUGACUUUGACUAGAUGUGCAAUACUACUUAUAGGGGGCGCUGAGGCGUGAGGCCCCAGUCAUUCCUGCUGUAAGAAUGCGUCUUUAAGCCGUCCUGAUUUUGGUGAGAAAUCAAUGAGGACCACUGUGUAGAGUUAAAGCAGAGCUGGAGAGAGAAUAGCUUGACAUUGGUGUUAUAUGAACUGCAGGGGAGAGAGCUGUUUUUGGAGACGCGUUUUUUCUUCGUCUCUGACCCCCGUAGCUGAUGAGCUGGCGUACGUGUCCGCUUUGUGCGGUAGAAGAUGAAACCGAUCCCCCAACGCCCCCCCCCCGUGUACGGUGUUUGUGAGGGGGCCGAUAAAGACGGAGAUAUGUUCAGAUGUUACACCACAGAUUGGAAUUAUUAGAGUAGUGUAAACCAGUAUCUUAUUUUAACCCCUUUGUAAAUCCUUUUCCGUUUUUAACAGAUAGACUAGGUAUUGUCUGAGAUGCUCCAGAUUUCCUGUAGGUGGUAGUUGUAGUCGAGCCCAGUGGACAUUUGAGCCGAAACCCAAUGGGACCGCUAAAAAUGUAAAUAAUCCAAAAGUCUCGUGUCAGCAGGGGCAGAAGAGUUUCCAAAAACAGAUCUAAAGAUGGCCUGUGGUUCAAAAGAGAAGUUGUGGCAAUGAGAAAUAUAAAGGUUUAACUGCUGAGUCUAUGUUUCAAGACCGUGAGUGAGCGUGCAAGUAAUCACGAUAUUGGGUGUAAAUAUUUCAGUGUUUAAAAGAAAAAGUAUUUAUAGAACCUGUACAGCUUUGGCAAUAUGAAAAUAAAACAUGUCCAACCCAA